AUGGAGGGGACCGUGUUCGCACCCUCCCUCCAAGGGAUGAAGCACGUCAAGUCAGACAGCGGCGUCAUUCUAACCAAGCCGUUUCUUGAAGUCUGCAAGCACAUUCUCCCUGUGCUAGAUAAAUUUGGAUCUGCCAUGUCCAUCGUGAAGAGCGACAUUGGUGGCAAUAUUUCAAGGCUGGAGGCCAAAUAUGCAUCUGAUCCUACAAAGUACGAGCAGCUGCACAACAUGGUGCAAGUGGAAGUGGCCUCUAAGACAGCCAAAAGCUCUAGUAGUUGUACCAAUGGGCUUUUAUGGUUGACAAGAGCCAUGGACUUCUUGGUUGCGCUGUUCCAUAACUUGGUACAGCACACCGAUUGGCAGAUGCCACAAGUCUGCAGCGAUGCUUAUAGAAAUACUCUCAGGAAAUGGCAUGGUUGGCUGGGGAGUUCGAGCUUCUCGGUUGCCAUAAAGCUUGCUCCAGACAGGAAGAAGUUCAUGGAUAUCAUUUGUGGCACAGGUGAUAUAAAUGCAGAUAUUGAGAGGUUCUGUGCAGCGUUCUCCCCUUUACUGGCAGAAAACCACAAGUUUCUGGCUAGCGUCGGCAUGGAUGAUCUUAAAGCAUCUUGA